CCUCAGUGGUCCUCAGUGAUGACAGGUGGGCAUGCUCCCCUGAUGUUGUGUUUAUGAUUUGAAAUAGCUGUAGGCCUCAGCACCCUGCCUGCAUCAUGCUGUAGGCCUCAGCAUCCUGCCUCAGCAUCCUGCCUCAGCAUCCUGCCUGCAUCACGCUGUAGGCCUCAGCACCCUGCCUGCAUCACGCUGUAGGCCUCAGCACCCUGACUGCAUCACACUGUAGGCCUCAGCAUCCUGCCUGCAUCACGCUGUAGGCCUCAGCAUCCUGCCUCAGCAUCCUGCCUGCAUCACGCUGUAGGCCUCAGCACCCUGCCUGCAUCACGCUGUAGGCCUCAGCACCCUGACUGCAUCACACUGUAGGCCUCAGCAUCCUGCCUGCAUCACGCUGUAGGCCUCAGCAUCCUACCUGCAUCACGCUGUAGGCCUCAGCAUCCUGCCUCAGCAUCCUACCUGCAUCACGCUGUAGGCCUCAGCACCCUGACUGCAUCACACUGUAGGCCUCAGCAUCAUGCCUGCAUCACGCUGUAGGCCUCAGCAUCCUACCUGCAUCACACUGUAGGCCUCAGCACCCUGCCUGCAUCACACUGUAGGCCUCAGCACCCUGCCUGCAUCACGUUGUAGGCCUCAGCAUCCUACCUGCAUCACACUGUAGGCCUCAGCAUCCUGCCUGCAUCACGCUGUAGGCCUCAACAUCCUGCCUGCAUCACACUGUAGGCCUCAGCAUCCUGCCUGCACCACGCUGUAGGCCUCAGCAUCCUGCCUGCAUCACACUGUAGGCCUCAGCAUCCUGCCUCAGCACCCUGCCUCAGCAUCCUGCCUGCAUCACGCUGUAGGCCUCAGCACCCUGCCUGCAUCACGCUGUAGGCCACAGCAUCCUGCCUGCAUCACGCUGUAGGCCUCAGCAUCCUGCCUGCAUCACGCUGUAGGCCUCAGCAUCCUGCCUGCAUCACGCUGUAGUCCUCAGCAUACUGCCUGCAUCACACUGUAGGCCUCAGCACCCUGCCUGCAUCACGCUGUAGGCCUCAGCACCCUGCCUGCAUCACACUGUAGGCCUCAGCAUCCUGCCUGCAUCACGCUGUAGGCCUCAGCAUCCUGCCUGCAUCACGCUGUAGGACUCAGCACCCUGCCUGCAUCAGGCUGUAGACCUCAGCACCCUGCCUGCAUCACGCUGUAGGCCUCAGCAUCCUGCCUGCAUCACGCUGUAGGCCUCAGCAUCCUGCCUGCAUCACGCUGUAGGCCUCAGCAUCCUGCCUGCAUCACGCUGUAGGCCUCAGCAUCCUGCCUGCAUCACGCUGUAGGCCUCAGCAUCCUGCCUGCAUCACGUUGUAGGCCUCAGCAUCCUGCCUCAGCAUCCUACCUGCAUCACGCUGUAGGCCUCAGCAUCCUGCCUCAGCACCCUGCCUGCAUCACGCUGUAGGCCUCAGCAUCCUGCCUGCAUCACGCUGUAGGCCUCAGCAUCCUGCCUGCAUCACGCUGUAGGCCUCAGCAUCCUGCCUGCAUCACGCUGUAGGCCUCAGCAUCCUGCCUCAGCAUCCUACCUGCAUCACGCUGUAGGCCUCAGCAUCCUGCCUGCAUCACGCUGUAGGCCUCAGCAUCCUGCCUCAGCACCCUGCCUGCAUCACGCUGUAGGCCUCAGCAUCCUGCCUGCAUCACGCUGUAGGCCUCAGCAUCCUGCCUGCAUCGCGCUGUAGGCCUCAGCAUCCUGCCUGCAUCACGCUGUAGGCCUCAGCAUCCUACCUGCAUCACGCUGUAGGCCUCAGCAUCCUGCCUGCAUCACGCUGUAGGCCUCAGCAUCCUGCCUGCAUCACGCUGUAGGCCUCAGCAUCCUGCCUCAGCAUCCUACCUGCAUCACGCUGUAGGCCUCAGCAUCCUGCCUGCAUCACGCUGUAGGCCUCAGCAUCCUGCCUCAGCACCCUGCCUGCAUCACGCUGUAGGCCUCAGCAUCCUGCCUGCAUCACGCUGUAGGCCUCAGCAUCCUACCUGCAUCACGCUGUAGGCCUCAGCAAACUGCCUGCAUCACGCUGUAGGCCUCAGCAUCCUGCCUGCAUCACGCUGUAGGCCUCAGCAUCCUACCUGCAUCACGCUGUAGGCCUCAGCAUCCUGCCUGCAUCACGCUGUAGGCCUCAGCAUCCUGCCUCAGCAUCCUGCCUGCAUCACGCUGUAGGCCUCAGCAUCCUGCCUCAGCAUCCUCCCUGCAUCACGCUGUAGGCCUCAGCAUCCUGCCUGCUUUUCUGUUUCCUUCUCUGUCAUGAAAAUAACUGGCCUUCCCAUUAGAAGCCUCAAAUCUGGACCUUGAAGCCAGUUUCAAUGUUAGUUUUUAUUAUUUUCUCCAGUGAGGGAUUUAGACCUGGGACACCAGGUGGGUGGAGUUAAUGGUCAGGUAGAACAGGAAGUCAGUGGUUGUCUGGACCUCCAGGGUAGGAUUGGACUAACCCCUGCGUUAGAAGCUUGUGUCUCGACUCUCUCCUGUUUUUAGAAGUGUUUGAAAUGAAACUAUGCAACGCUGGACUGUAAUGAGAAGCGUUUCCUCUGUGAAGCUGACCUCCGUGCUUUACUAGAAUGUAGGCUAGGUUUCACCGCGGUUCACUUGGUAUGUAACCGUUAUGUAAGUCAAUACGCCCCUGAAAAGAUCUGUGUCACAGUUGAUAAGGGGAGGGGGGGGACAUUUGAAGUCCUGUUAUAGUUGUGGGCCUAUCGUCAUGGUAACGUGGCUGAAACCACUGACUCCUCCUCUCCGUUUUAGUAACGCAGCUCAUGUUUUCAUUCCGUGUGACUGUGCAUGUAUUCUCACACGUUUGGAUUCUCUAUACAUUUUUUUUUUCUUCCCAGAAUGCAUUCCUCUGGUCCAUGGAUAUGACACUGAAUUCCAUUCAUAAUAUAGCGUUGAUGACGGUGACUCUGUUCCCCAUCCGGUUGUUCCUGGCAGCCUUCAUGAUGCUGCUGGCCUGGCCCUUCGCCUUCAUCGCCUCUGUGGGACGCAAUGAGAUGGUGGUGGAACCCCAGUCCUUAUGGAGGAAGUUUGUGGACGUUGCUCUGAGGACCAUCAUGCGGGUCAUGUGGUUUGCGGGAGGCUUCCAUUGGAUGACGGUGAAGGGGCGCCAGGCGCUGCCGGCCGAGGCUCCUAUCCUAACGCUGGGACCCCACUCCUCUUACUUUGAUGCCAUCCCCGUCACCAUGUCCAUGUCCUCCAUCGUCAUGAAGGCAGAGAGCAAGGACAUCCCUGUCUGGGGCACCCUGAUCAAAUACAUCAGACCAGUGUUUGUCUCCAGGUCAGACCAGGACUCGCGUAAGAAGACUGUUGAGGAGAUCAAACGCAGAGCCCAAUCUGGAGGAGAAUGGCCUCAGAUAAUGAUUUUCCCAGAGGGAACGUGUACCAACAGGUCCUGUCUCAUCACAUACAAACCAGGAGCGUUUAUUCCAGCAGUGCCAGUUCAGCCUGUGGUGAUAAAAUACCCCAAUAAAAUGGACACGAUCACCUGGACGUGGCAGGGGCCUGGAGCGUUUAAGAUCCUGUGGCUCACACUGUGCCAGCUGCAUAAUGAGUUCAUCAUUGAGUUCCUUCCUGUCUACACUCCAUCAGAAGAGGAGAAGAACAACCCUGCACUGUUUGCUCACAACGUCAGGCGCCUGAUGGCCAAGGCCCUGGACAUCCCCAUUACUGACUACUCGUUUGAAGACUGUCAACUGGCCAUGGCUGAGGGUCAACUCAGACUCCCUGUUGACACCUGCCUGUUGGAGUUCGCCAAGCUGGUCCGGAGACUGGGGUUGAAGCCCCAGAACGUAGAGAAGGUACUGCAGGAGUUUGGUAACAGAGCCAGGAAGAUGGAGGGAGAGAAGCUGGGUCUGGAAGACUUUGCCCACUACCUUGAUGUCCCUGUGUCAGACAUGCUCAGAGACAUCUUCUCCCUCUUCAACGAGCAGGAAGACAACAUGAUAGACAUCAGAGAAUAUGUCAUCGCCUUAUCGGUGGUAUGCAGACCUGCUAAAACACUGGAGACCAUGAAACUGGCCUUCAAGAUGUUUGAGGCGGAGGAGGACGGUGCGAUCACAGUGGCUGAGUUGGCCUGCAUCCUAAAGACGGAGUUAGGAGUAGCUGACCUCAACGUCUCGCGUCUCUUCGCUGCUAUCGACACAGAGGACACAGGGAAACUCACCUUCGACAAGUUCAGGAGCUUUGCAGAGCAGCACCCAAACUUCAGUGAGGACUACCUGUCCACAGACAAUACAGGCCGUAACGGCUGUCCUCACCAGCCCAGCGCCACGCCCAACGCCAAGCCUCAGACCAAUGGCUUCUGCCCUGACUUCAGCCCGCGAGUCAACCACCACGACACAACGCCGGACGGCUCAGUGAAGAAACACAACUGAGUCUGAUCGCCACCUCAGGAUCCACCUCUCCUGGUGAGAGAGUGGUGGUGGUGGGGGUUGUUAAUGGGCUAUAUGUAUGGUCAGUCAGAUACACACACACACACACACACACACACACACACACACACACAUGAGAAAUGUAACCCUUAUUAACCGUAUUCAUAAUGUUUAUACAGUUCAUUUGAUCUUGGUGAUCUGACGUUGUUGUUUUAGCUGAGUUUUUCUGUAUUUGUUCUGAGGAAGGAACAUGCAUUUCAAUGCCAAAAAGAUGGCUAAUGACGAUCGAGGAGAAAUGAAGCGUGAAACACUUGAAGGGCAACACUUAUUACGUUUCCUCCAUGUUGGGGUUUGGGAGUGGUCGAGAGAAAACACCCCAGCCAGGGAAGGGACAACACCCCAGCCAGGGAAGGGACAACACCCCAGCCAGGGAAGGGACAACACCCCAGCCAGUGAAGGGACAACACCCCAGCCAGUGAAGGGACAACACCCCAGCCAGUGAAGGGACAACACCCCAGCCAGUGAAGGGACAACACCCCAGCCAGUGAAGGGACAACACCCCAGCCAGUGAAGGGACAACACCCCAGCCAGUGAAGGGACAACACCCCAGCCAGUGAAGGGACAACACCCCAGCCAGUGAAGGGACAACACCCCAGCCAGUGAAGGGACAACACCCCAGCCAGUGAAGGGACAACACCCCAGCCAGUGAAGGGACAACACCCCAGCCAGUGAAGGGACAACACCCCAGCCAGUGAAGGGACAACACCCCAGCCAGUGAAGGGACAACACCCCAGCCAGUGAAGGGACAACACCCCAGCCAGUGAAGGGACAACACCCCAGCCAGGGAAGGGACAACACCCCAGCCAGUGAAGGGACAACACCCCAGCCAGUGAAGGGACAACACCCCAGCCAGUGAAGGGAACUAUAGUUUUGAGUGAAUUCAGUGUUUCUAUUUGUUUUAUCUUCUUCUAUCUAAUAGAAGUGGCCAUUUUAAAUGGAAGGUUUGAGUCUGCAUGGUGCUUUACUGUCAGUGAGCAGUAUUGAGGGAGUGUGACUGAAUAGAACAGCCUUGAAGCACCAGUGACAUUGUCUUCGGCCACUUUGGCUUUGAUUGAACUUUUGAGGUGCAAUAUGGCUGAUGUAAGAUGUAGGAUCUUAAUUUGAGACAGUUUGCUACAGCAGGAAAAUAAUCCUGUAGCAACAGGAAAUGUGAAUUAUUAUAUGGAUUAUAAUUAAUGGUAAUUGUUGGGAAGGUUAAUACAUCAAUAUAUAAAAUAAGGGAAAAUAAAGUCUAACAUUUCUAAGUGGAAAUUACAAACUUCAAAAGCCAUUUUAAACCUAAAAUACACUAUAAUUUUAAAUGCAGGAAAGUUCUCCUGAAACAGGGUGAUCAAAGGAAGAUCCUACACCUGUAAAAUGGGUCAGAUUUAAGGUGUGAUAUGGCUGAUAUCAGAGGGGUCAGAUUUAAGGUGUGAUAUGGCUGAUAUCAGAGGAGUCAGAUUUAAGGUGUGAUAUGGCUGAUAUCAGAGGAGUCAGAUUUAAGGUGUGAUAUGGCUGAUAUCAGAGGGGUCAGAUUUGACCAGAGACCCCUAAGGGCCCUAUGUAGGGAACAGGGUGUCAUUAGACACUGACCCAUGGUUCCUCUCUCCUCCCUGGCCAUUAGAGACUGACCCAUGGUUCCUCUCUCCUCCCUGGCCAUUAGAGACUGACCCAUGGUUCCUCUCUCCUCCCUGGCCAUUAGAGACUGACCCAUGGUUCCUCUCUCCUCCCUGGCCAUUAGAGACUGACCCAUGGUUCCUCUCUCCUCCCUGGCCAUUAGAGACUGACCCAUGGUUCCUCUCUCCUCCCUGGCCAUUAGAGACUGACCCAUGGUUCCUCUCUCCUCCCUGGCCAUUAGAGACUGACCCAUGGUUCCUCUCUCCACCCUGGCCAUUAGAGACUGACCCAUGGUUCCUCUCUCCUCCCUGGCCAUUAGAGACUAACCCAUGGUUCCUCUCUCCACCCUGGCCAUUAGAGACUGACCCAUGGUUCCUCUCUCCUCCCUGGC